AUGAGGAAACCACGACCUAAAAUAAGGAGAGCACAACCGUCUGAUGAAAUGGAAAAGGGGCCAUAUUACGACUCUGAUUUUGAAGAAAGUGAAUUAGAGUCAGAAUCGGAGAGCGAAUCAGAAGGGGCAUUUGUUGUCGAUGAAGAAUUGGGUGACUGUGAUGCAGAUGAACACACGACUUUUCCACAGUUGAAAGUACCUUUUGAUGCCUUCCUUUAUGAUUUUUGCAAUGUUUCUGUUUACAAUAAGAGGGAAAAUGUCGAUGAUGAAGUCAUUAGAGAAGAAGGUCAUUCUGAUAAUGAAAUUGAAGAUGACAAGGAUGAGGUUGAUCAAGAUCCAACCAAAUUUAGUGUUCAUGACCCUUCUGUUUGUUGGAAGAAAAUGAAACAACAUUUAGGUGAAAAGUAUGCUAAUCAAAUUGAGUUAAGGUUCCGCCUGACUAACUAUGCAGUUCACAAUGGUUAUCCAAUUAAGGGUAAAGCAAAGGCAUAUCAAUCUGUUAGAGGGAUACAUGAAGGUAGUAGCAAGGACUUUGAAGAUGAAGGGCUGCAAAAUGUUAUAUUGGCCCAGGAUUUGAAGGGGGAUGCACAUGCUACAGAGUUUCUUGCAUCAGGAUACUCAGAGGAUGAGGUGUAUCAUGUACUAUAUGAACAACAUUUAGAUGUUGAAGUUUUGGCUGAAGUUCCACCUAUUCUUGAACCUUUGCAUGAAGAAGUUCCAGAGGUUGAACAAGUUCAACCUGUUCCUGAAGAAGUUCCACAGGUUGGACAAGUUCCACCUGUGCCUCAAGUUGAUAUUGUACUAGAAACAGAGGAUGAAGGCAUUGUUGAGACACCACCAUCCCAAAGGUUGAUGAGAACAAGAAGUCCUUCAGAGAGAAUUACUAAAAUUCAGAUUGGAAUGAAGGCUGCUGGAAAGAAGGUUGUUGGACCAGGUCGAAGUAGGUUGGACCCUGUUUCUUUGGAGUAG